UACCACCACACACACGUAGAGAGACUGAGAAGAGAGAGCUCAGCCUCCAUAAUUACCAUAAAGCCACUCUUCAAUCCCAUAAAAAAAAAUCACCAAAAUGCCAUCGCUCCAUCACCCAGUCACCGUCAUCUCCAGAUGCACCGUCGUCCCCCACCAGAAGUCAACCCUCGUUGACCUGAAACUCUCCGUCUCCGACCUCCCCAUGCUCUCCUGCCACUACAUCCAGAAGGGUUGCCUCUUCACGCGCCACCACACUGUUCCACUCCACGCGCUCCUCCCCCACCUCAAGCGCUCCCUCUCCGUCGCCCUCUCCCGUUUCCCUCCACUCGCCGGCCGCCUCUCCACCGACUCCCACGGCCACGUCUUUUCCGUUUCCGACGAUUCCGGCGCUGAUUUCUUCUUCGCCGAGGCUAGGUCGGUGCACGUGCGUGACGUAAUCGGAGGAAUCGACGUCCCUGAGGUCGUGAAAGGGUUUUUCUCCUUUGACGGGGCUGUGAGCUACGAAGGCCAUUACAGGCCGAUCCUGGCCGUUCAGGUGACAGAGUUAGCUGACGGCGUCUUCAUCGGUUGCUCUGUCAAUCACUCCAUCACCGACGGUACGUCGUUCUGGAAUUUCUUCAACACGUUCGCGGAGGUCUCGAGAGCGGGAAUGAAGAUAGUGACACGUCAGCCAGAUUUUACGCGGGAGUCAGUGCUAAUCUCACAAGCUGUGCUUAAAGUCCCACCAGGUGGGCCCAAGGUCACCUUCAACGUUAACGAACCGUUACGGGAACGGAUUUUCAGUUUCAGCAGAGAAGCGAUAACGGAGCUUAAAGCGACGGUAAACAGUUACAACAAGAAAAAACUAACCAGGGGUAACGGUGACAUAGACGGGGCUGAGUUGAUGGGGAAACAGAGCAACGACAAGCUUAACGGAAAAGAUAACGCCAAACUGACGGAGAUGUUAGAGUCUCUGUUCGCGAGAGACGACGUCGUUUCGGUCGUCGAAAAGAAGAUCUUCUCGUCGUUUCAGUCUCUGUGUGCUCUGCUAUGGCGAGCGAUCACUCGAGCGAGGAAGCUUCCAAGCUCGAAAACGACGACGUUUCGAAUGGCGGUGAACUGCCGUCAACGGCUGAGCCCGAAGCUGAAUCCGUACUACUUCGGCAACGCGAUACAGAGCAUCCCGACUUACGCGGCGGCGGGAGAGGUCCUGUCGCGGGAUCUCCGGUGGUGCGCGGAGGAGCUGAAUAGGAGCGUGACGGCGCACGACGACGGAAAGAUCCGGAGCGUGGUGAAGGAGUGGGAGGAGAAUCCGAGGUGUUUCCCGCUGGGAAACUUCGACGGAGCUUCGAUCACGAUUGGAUCGUCUCCGAGGUUUCCGAUGUACGACAACGAUUUCGGGUGGGGGAGGCCGGUGGCUGUACGAAGCGGGAGGGCGAACAAGUUCGACGGGAAGAUAUCGGCGUUCCCUGGGAGGGAAGGGAGUGGGAGCGUGGAUCUGGAGGUGAUAUUGUCGCCGGAAACAAUGGCGGCCGUCGAGUCCGAUCGAGAGUUUAUGAGAUACGUGUCGAAGAAGUAAUGGUUUCGUGGUGGCAGUCGUACGGUGACGGCGUCGCGUCGGAAUGUAAAAAAAAUGAGUGUACGGUUUACAGAAAAAUGUGCUUCUACUUAAUUAUAAAUAAAAGCUAAAAACAUAUUUAAUAACCUUAAUUACUGUGUGUGAA